AAAUUGUUGUGUAGUGUCCGUGGUGCGUUGUGAAAUAUAUUGAUGUAAAGUCCUCGCAAAUGUCUCAACGAACCAUAACGUCAUUUUUCACUAAAACACCGUCGAAGGCGGAAAAGCCUCAGCCGGAAUCCGAUGAUGAUAGCUGUUACGUGCCUCCGUAUCCUCCGAGCGUCGGCUCCAUUACGGGUCUUACCUGCUAGAGAAAUCUCAUUCGUGCGGGUCUGUAGAUCUUUUUCUGUUUCUAAUUCGUUUUUCAAAAACUAUUCCAGUCGCGAUGAAAUUGGAGCGCGCAAAGUUAAGAGGAGGCGCAUUACGAGCAGCGACGAAGAAAAUGACGAUGGAAAUAGGAUCCCCGCUAAGAAGCAGUCAUUGUCACCAAAGAACGAGGAAGAGGCGCUUAAAUCUGAAAAGAAGGAAUCACCCGAUAAGAAUAAAAGUACAUUGAAAACCCCUAAAGUCAAGGAACUCGCCAAAACACCGCAGGAUACGAAAAAGAAGGCUGCGACCCCCAAAGAGGGUAAAAAGGCAACGACCCCUAAAGAAGGAAAGAAAACUCCCAAGACAACGCCUAAAACUGAAUCAAAAGGGAAAAAUGCUAAGCAGAAGACUCAAACGCCCGCAUCGAGUAAAAAAGUCAAAACAGAAGACGAGAAAGAUUCACCCGAAACCAAAGAAAGUGUUAAAAUGGAGACUGACGAUGAAGUCCCCUCUUCACCGGAAAAAGCCGAAACUUCAACUUCGGAAUCCAAAGCAACUGAGAAAUCACCAUCCCCCAAAGAGGAGGAAUCCGCCUCACCAGUUAAGAAAGAGCUGAAACUGCAGAGUGCAGGACAAGGACAGAAAGGAGCUGACUACAAUCCCGCGAAAAACAAGUACCAUCCCAUUGACGAUGCUUUUUGGAAGCGCGGCGAGAAGGUUCCUUACCUGGCGCUGGCGAAAACUUUCCAACAAGUGGAGGAGGUUAGCAGUCGCUUGAAGAUGAUCGAAAUCUUGAGCAAUUUCUUCCGGUCCGUUAUCGUGUUGAGCCCAUCUGACCUUUUGGCAUGUGUGAACCUUUCCCUGAACCAACUGGCGCCAGCUUAUGAAGGCCUCGAAUUGGGAGUUGCUGAAACAUCCCUUAUGAAAGUCAUUGCGCAAACCACCGGCCGAAGCAUGGCCCAAAUCAAAAGCGACAUCCAAUCAACUGGAGAUAUUGGAAUCGUUGCAGAGCGCUCGCGUAGCAACCAGCGUAUGAUGUUCGCCCCAGCUCCACUGACGGUGGAUGGAGUGUUCGUGAAACUGAAGGACAUUGCCAAGAUGACGGGUCACUCGGCAAUGAACAAGAAAGUCGACAAGAUCCAGUCCAUGUUUGUCGCCUGUCGCCACUCGGAGGCCCGAUUUUUCAUCAGAUCGCUGGCCGGGAAACUACGCAUUGGUUUAGCCGAACAAUCGCUUUUGCAGGCUUUGGCUAUUGCGUGUACAGCUACGCCUCCGAAUCAAAAGGACUAUCCUCCCAAGAUUCUGAAUGCAGCCAAGUCGCUUGGGGAGAAUUCGUUCAAAGCAAAAGUGGAGGACAAUGCACUGAUUUUGAAAACGGCCUACUGCCAGUGUCCAAACUACCACAAGAUAAUCCCAGAAUUGCUGGAACACGGCAUAGAGAACUUAUUGGAACGGUGCCCAAUGGAGCCGGGGACUCCACUUAAACCUAUGUUGGCCCAACCCACAAAAGGCGUAAAUGAGGUUCUAACGCGGUUCGAAGGCAUUGAAUUCACGUGUGAAUGGAAGUAUGACGGCGAACGGGCGCAAAUCCACCGCUCCAACAAGGGCGUGAUAAGCAUCUACAGUCGCAAUCAAGAGAACAACACGACCAAAUAUCCAGACAUCAUUUCACGUAUCGGAGACGUUACGGAAAGCGAUGUAACGUCCUUCAUUCUCGACUGCGAAGUCGUCGCUUGGGAUCAGGAACGGAAGCAGAUCCUGCCGUUCCAGGUUUUGAGCACGCGAAAGCGAAAAGAUGCCGAUGAAACAGAAAUCAAGGUUCAAGUGUGCGUCUACAUGUUCGAUUUGUUGUAUUUGAAUGACAAACCGCUCGUCACGGAGCCUUUCAUCAAGCGAAGGGAGUUGCUAUAUAAAAACUUUAAGGAACGGGAAGGCGAAUGGAAGUUCGCAACACGACUGGACACAAGCGAUGUGGACGAAGUGCAAAACUUUUUGGAGGAAUCAAUAAAAGGAAACUGCGAAGGUUUGAUGGUUAAAACGCUCGAAAAGGAGGCAACGUAUGAAAUCGCAAAGAGAUCUAGGAAUUGGUUAAAGUUGAAGAAGGAUUACUUGUCCGGAGUGGGAGACUCCCUCGAUUUAGUUGUAAUUGGCGGAUUCAAAGGAAAAGGGAAACGGACUGGAACUUACGGCGGCUUUUUGUUGGCGAGCUAUGAUGCCGACAAUGAGGAGUAUCAAAGUAUAUGCAAAAUUGGAACAGGCUUCAGCGAUGACGACCUUGCCAAGCACACUGAAUUCUUCAAGCCGCACAUCCUCCCAGGACCCAAAUCUUACUUUCGAUACGAUUCGGCCAACGAACCUGAUGAAUGGUUCGAACCAGUCCAAGUGUGGGAAGUCAAAUGUGCCGAUUUGUCUCUUAGUCCAGUCCAUAAAGCUGCGAUUGGAAUUGUUGAUCCUGAAAAAGGAAUCUCCCUGCGGUUCCCGCGCUUCAUUCGAAUUCGUGACGAUAAAUCCGCCGAAGAUGCAACAUCGGCCAGUCAAGUUGCCGACAUGUAUUCAAGUCAGGAUCAAAUCAAAAAUCAACAGAAUGGCGGAGGUGGUCGCAAUGUAGAAGAUGAUUUUUAUUAGGUGAAGAGAUAAACGUAUUUAUAACAUUA